UGUUCUUCGAGCUCAUAAUAACUUGUCGGAUUCGAUAAUCUGUAUGUUGUCAUUUCGUUAGCUUAUAACAUCAUAAAUCAUCUGUUGGGUAUCGAAAAUCGUGGUCUUUAGACUCACAGAAGAGACUUGUGAUUCCAUUUCACUGUUCCAGUUACUGUUCUUCUUUGGGUGGUUAGUUUCUCGGAAUGAGAGGAAUCUUUAUUAUUAGAUCAAAGCUUUCAACUUUUAGAGCUCCUGCAGUUACCUGUUCGAGAUCUUUUACUGUUUUGCCUUACUCGAGCAAUAAAUGUAUUGCUCGACCGUAUUUGGAUCCUCCCGUAGCUCGUCUGCUUCCUUUGGGUCUCUGUUCUAUGUUCUCUACAUCCAAAUUUGGUCCGGAGCUAGCGGGAUUUAAUCAGAGGAACGAUGAGAAGGAUGAUGAUGAAAAUGAUGAAGAGAUUGACCUCGAUCUUGGUUGUAGUGUAGAUAAUGAGGUUGUUUCAGAGGAUGUUGGGACGAUUUCGAAGCUUUUGAAAGAUUUUGGGAGUAACCGGAAGGAGUUUAGAGACAAGCUCGAGCAAUGUGAUGUGAAGCCAUCAAAUGAAUUGGUGGUGGAGAUUCUUUCUCUAGCUCGUAACGAUUGGGAGACUGCUUUCACUUUCUUUGUUUGGGCAGGGAAGCAGCAAGGUUAUGUCCGUUCGGUUCGUGAGUAUCACUCUAUGAUCUCGAUUCUAGGUAAAAUGAGGAAGUUUGAUACGGCUUGGACACUGAUUGAUGAGAUGAGAAAGUUUAGCCCUUCUCUUGUGAACUCACAGACGCUUUUGAUCAUGAUCAGGAAGUAUUGUGCGGUUCAUGAUGUUGGGAAAGCGAUAAACACGUUCCACGCGUACAAAAGAUUCAAACUUGAGAUGGGAAUCGAUGAUUUUCAGAGUUUGCUUUCUGCUCUUUGUAGAUAUAAGAACGUUCAAGAUGCUGAGCACUUGAUCUUCUGCAACAAGGAUACGUAUCCGUUUGACGCCAAAAGUUUCAACAUAGUUCUCAAUGGGUGGUGUAAUGUGGUCGGUAGCCCGCGAGAGGCUGAAAGAGUCUGGAUGGAGAUGGGAAAUGUUGGAGUCAAGCACGAUGUUGUGUCUUAUUCGAGCUUGAUAUCUUGCUAUUCGAAAGGAGGUAACUUGAACAAGGUUCUUAGACUUUUCGAACGGAUGAAGAAGGAGUGUAUAGAGCCAGAUAGAAAAGCUUACAAUGCUGUCGUGCAUGCACUUGCCAAAGCCAGGUUUGUCCCUGAGGCGAUGAGUUUGAUGAAGUCAAUCGAGAAGGAGAAAGGGAUGAAGCCAAAUAUUGUAACUUAUAACUCUCUCAUCAAACCUCUGUGCAAAGCUAGAAAAACUGAAGAGGCUAAGCAGGUUUUUGAGGAGAUGCUGGAGAAAGGAAUCUUCCCAACAAUCCGCACAUACCAUGCGUUUAUGCGGAUUUUAAGAACAGGGGAAGAGGUUUUUGAGCUUUUAGCUAAAAUGAGAAAGAUGGGCUGUGAACCAACCGUGGAUACAUAUAUAAUGUUGAUCCGUAAGUUUUGUAGGUGGCGUGAUUUCGAUAAUGUGUUGCUGUUGUGGGAUGAGAUGAAGGAACAAGGCGUUGGUCCGGACCUUAGCUCAUACAUUGUAAUGAUACAUGGGCUGUUCUUGAAUGGCAAGAUAGAAGAAGCGCAUGGGUACUAUAAAGAGAUGAAGGAAAAAGGUAUGAGACCAAAUGAGAAGGUUGAAGACAUGAUUCAAAGCUGGUUUGCAGGAAAACAGUAUGCAGAGCAGCGUAGGAUAGAUUCCAAAGGGAAUGUGUCGGAUGUUGAUAAAGAAGGUAUUGUGAAGAAACCUGAAAGAGAAGGGAACUUUCUUCAGCAGCCUGAGGUGAGACGGGUUGUGAGAGGACAUGGAUAUUCGUUUUGGGAUGAAUAGAAGAAAGCUUAGAGCGAGAGAGACAAGAGAGAGAUUAGCUACUUCUGGUUAGGUUUGAUCAUAACAGGUUGAUUUUGCUUCGAGAAACGUUAUAGCUAGUGUUCUUGGGGA